AUGACAAAGCACUGUAAACCAGAGCCGUAUCUCUUCGUGCCAAGGGCAAUGUGUGCUUCCAGAGUGGCUCUGGGACUCCCCAUACUCUCCUGGAUAUCCUGGAUGGGAGCGUGCUGGUUUACGUCAUUUUGCUUCGGAUCCCGGUACUUGGUCGAUCCAAGUAAAUCCCGGGGACAUGUCAGGCUGGUGUCUUACCGCAAGCGAAUGAUUGUGGAUGGCUACAAAACUGAGGCUUCCCUCAGCAACAAGUGCAUGGUGGCAAUGAGAUCAGAUCGGUUGGUCGGCUCUGGAUUGGGCGCCAAUGGGCAACGGGAGUUGGGCGCAUUUGCAGCAGUCUCAGCAGGCAAUGUUCACACGUGUGAGGUGAAGUCAGAUGGUCAGUUGCUUUGUUUUGGCUGCAGUAUACGUGACGACAGCGGGCAGUGUGAUGUGCCGACGGAUUUGGGAAGGGUUGUGGCAGUCUCAGCAGGCUACGAUCACACGUGUGCAGUGAAAUCCGAUGGUCAGCUGGUCUGCUUCGGAGAGACAUUAGUAGCUGAGUAG